AACAUGACCAGUCACUCGCAAGGAAUCCAUCAGCUUCUACAGGCAGAGAAACGAGCAAAGGAAAGGUUGGAGGAAGCUAAGAAGAGGAAGGGAAGACGUCUGAAGCAAGCAAAGGAUGAAGCUCAAGCAGAGAUAGAUCAAUAUCGUCUGCAAAGGGAGAGAGAGUUUAGACAAAAGCAGGACUCGAUCAUGGGAUCACAAGGUAAUCUUUUGGCCAAGGUGGAUGAACAAACAAGAACAAGAAUAAACGGGCUUAUAAGUCACCAUGGGCAGAACAGUGAGACGGUCCUGCAAAAGCUCUUGGGAAUAGUUUGUGAAAUCAAACCAGAAAUUCAUGUCAAUUACAGAGAAGCUGGCUCACAUUGACUGGAAAGCUGAUGAUGAAUUAAACUUCAUCAAACUAAUGCCAUGCAAACACUGAAGAUGGCAAACACUGGAUGAUGUGUAUUUUAUGAAAAGUAUUUUACCCUUUUAAUUGUGAAUGCCUUGGGAUUUGUUCCUAUUAUUAAGGGGCUAUAUAAGUGUAAGAAUUCGCCUCUAAUUUCUCUUUUAAUCUCUAACAGAGAGGGUAACAGGAACAAGCCAUUCAACUUCCAGACUUUAUUCUGUCAAUUAGUUAGAGCACGCAUGAUCCUUGUCUUGGUGGUGUCCUGUGACUGCACAUCACAUCCCUCACAUUUAACCACUCCCCCAUUAUCCCAACUCUUAUCGACUUUCUGCUUUGCCUUAUAGAACUUAACAAACACCAGAAAUUCCAAUCACAGAGGAUUUUUUAAAAUUUCACUAUUUAAUAUUCUCAUUUCUGGACUAUUAUAAUUAACUGGCCACAGUGUUGCACCUCAUUCACUUAUUAAACAAAAUUCACUGAACAGAAAUGGUUAAUACUGAAGAAAUGUUUUAAAAUUAUCACGUGCAUUAAAAUAUAGUAAUAUUGUGCCUCAAAUUUAGGGUUAACUAUUUCAAUUCAUAUUUUCUUCCAUUAAAUCAGCAUUUUGAAUGUUAUAAUUGUUUAAGCAAAUUUUCCAAAAUCUCAUUUUGAUUCACUUUAGUUGUUGGUGAUAUUAGCCUGACACCAGGUUCAGCUCCCGAAAUAUGUGUUCUCCUCUUACACUUGGGAUCACAGUUCUAAGCAGCAACAGACUUUACAUUUUCUGUGCUCUGUGUGAUCACAGUUUGAUGGAUUUGACAUCCAACAUGGAUGGGCCAGAUUUCUGUGUUUGUGGUAUUGCCUUGUUAUGAGCCAGUGGGCAGGCAUUUAGAGGAAAUCGCCACAAAUAUCAUGCUUUUCUCAAAAAUAGGUGACAUUCCAGGAAUUGAUAUGUAACAACCCUUAUGAUCCUUUUAAAAUUAUUUGAAUUCUUCGUCUAUGGGUUAGCUUUCUGGGAGGCAGGUGUCUCCCACAGCUCCCGGCACUUACACUCCAACAGCUCUGUUUUUCCGAUCUGUAGAUCCCACUUUAUCCGGGUUCAGUAAAUCUGUCACUGGGAGAAGGCGGCAGGCGUAGCAAUUUAUUUGCCAUUAGUUGACUCAUGGGCCCCGGUUUCUUCUGUACAAGCUACAAUAGUGCCAGUUUGAUCAAAGCAGCUUAUACCUCGUCCGGCAUAUUUUGAAAGGCUCGGGUAUACAGUCACUAGUUGCCCUGGUGACUUCCUCUCAGUGGUCCAGGGAUGCAACCAGCAGUUGUUUUUAAUUUGUUUGCAUUUCAACCUUUCAGGUGACAUUUUAUUUCCUUGAUAUCGGGGAAAAGCUUUGCUUUGAUGUGUAUAGGACAUGUAUAGACCAUCCACGACAAGCACCCAUGAUUUACGUAUUAAUUAGUCAUAGUGCAGAGAAACAGACAGAGCAGGAAACAUGUGUUUGAGAAUCCAGCGAUGCUCUCCCACUUUUUUCUGUCCUUUUUUAAAAGAAAAAUCAGAAGCAUUAAUGUAGAUAGCUGCAAAAAAUAGCCAGACACAAGCCUCAGUGUGACAGGUAAUUCAUUGAAGCUGAUAUAUUAAGAUAAGCUUUCAGAAUGAGUUUUCUUUUGUGCUACUUGUAAUCAAUAUUGAAAAAAAGGAUACAAAUCAAAAUGCCAAGGGAACAUCUCAUUUGUGCACUUGAGUUUCAUUCUCUUAAUAACUCAACAUAAAGGAUACACAAGCCUACAUCAAGGAGAUGGGGAUAUCAAUUCUCCGCCUGUUUUAUCUCUUAGUGGAGGAAAAUUGCUAUUGGUGACAUUCACUGGAUCGCAGUGGUAAUUAGUGGAAAUGUGUGAAUUAAGUCAUCUUAACAGUCUGCUAAAUUACUUUGAAGUGCUUCCCAAAUGCUGGUUUAUUUCUGUCAGGCGAAGGUGUAUUUUGAAACCCUAUUAUUCUUGUUUCAGUUAAGGUAAUUAUGCUUAUUUUUGUGCACAAAUCCCCAGAUGAUGUCACUGAAGUUCAGCUUCCUAAUAAUAAAAAAAUGAG